AUGACCAAGAAGCGUAGACUCGACACCAAACUCCGCGGUCCAGGGCCGAAACUCAGGAACCAGUCUCGUCACCAAGCACCUCAGAGAAAGCCCCAGUCCCAAUCCCAAUCCCCAUCCCAGCCGCAACCUCGAAAGACCCAAAGACACCAGCAGCACCAGCAACAGCAUCAGAAUCAGAAACCCAUCAUCCCAUUCGACCCCACCGACCGCAUACUCCUCAUAGGCGAGGGGGACCUCAGCUUCGCCGCCUCGCUAGUCACCCACCACGGCUGUCGGAACGUCGUGGCUACCGUGCUGGAGAAGUCGUACGAGGACUUGAUAGCCAAGUAUCCCCAUGCCGUCGCCAAUAUCGAGACGAUAAAUAACCCUCAUCCUCCUCCUCCUCCUCCUCCUCCUCCUCAUACCACCAAUUCUAAGCUCGACCGGAAAGAAGGGGAAGAAGACGAAAAAGACAGAGACGGAGAAGAAGAGGAAGAAGAAGAAGAAGAAGAAGAACAAGAUCAACUUCGUCGACGAGUCAUAGAAGCCCGUCGACAGCAACAGAAUCAGAAUCAGAAACGAGCAUCCCCCAAGAAGAACCAAAAGGCACCGCCACCCUCCUCCUCCGUGGGCAGCAAGGUCGUCUACGGCAUAGACGCCACCCGCACCCUGCCCGCGUCCGUGUCCCGCCCUCGACCGACGAGGAUCAUCUUCAACUUCCCCCACGUCGGCGGCAAGUCCACCGACGUCAACCGCCAGGUCCGCCACAACCAGUCCCUCCUCGUCAGCUUCUUCGACAGGGCCGUCGUGCCCAACCUCGCGCCCGGCGGCACCGUCGUCGUCACCCUGUUCGAGGCCGAGCCCUACACCCUCUGGAACGUGAGGGACCUGGCCCGGCACUCCGGGCUCGCCGUCGACAGGACCUUCAGGUUCGACUGGUCCGCCUACCCGGGCUAUCACCAUGCCAGGACCCUCGGCGUCGUCAGGUCCAGGCAUGGCCCUGCCGGCACCGGUGCUGGGUGGAAGGGAGAGGACAGACCUUGCAGGACCUACAUCUUUGCCCGGAAGGGCGAGGAACCCCUGCUGCCUUCCCAGCUCUCCGCCGCCGCCGCCGCCGCCGCCGCCGCCGCCGCCAGGAAGAAGAGGCGUCGUGCCGAUUCCGACGUUGAGGAGGACUCGGAUAUGGACAAUGAUAGUGAUGACGAAUACUAA